AUGUGUGCCAUGAGAUGAAAAAGGUUGAAAAUCACUGUCCUAGACAGAUGAAGGUCUGUGAUGCUUGGCAUUGCCUUGUGAAACAGGAGGGCUUUGUGAUGCAGUCUGGUGGUCUGGUUACAUCCUCUGUGAGGCAGACGUGACAAGGUCUAGCAUGUGGAGGCAUUAGGUUUCAGGACCUUGAAAGACUAGAAAGAUGAUGGCUAGUGAGGUUUAGAUUAUGUUGAGCCCGACAUUUGUUCUGUGGGAAAUUGGAUAUCCCUUAUACACGUAUGGAUCCAUCAUCAUUAUUGCAUUGAUUAUUUGGCAAGCAAAAAAGAACCGCCAAAAAUUGAAGUUGGGACCUCAUAGGAUCCAUUGCCGGCACCAACGGAGAGUCAAACAAAGGGUUAAAGAUAGAACAUCAAGAGCUAGGAGACUUUCCCGGAAAGAAGCUGAGAAGCCAUGGGAACUGCUGGCUGUCAUGAAAAGCCAGGGCUGGUUUCCUCAGGAGGGAAGUGUUCGGAGGCUCCUGUGUGCAGAUCCUUCCUGCCCCAUCUGCAAUGCUGUGGCUCUGGAGAUCAAGCAGUGGCUGGCUAAAACUGCAGAAGCUGGCUUGGAAAAUAAGAGGAAGCCUGUUCCACACUGGAUUAACCCCAAGGUGAAAGGUGAAGGGCAUAAGGAAUCCGUUCUCCUCUCUAAGGAGGAAACACUGGUCAAAACCACAACACAAAAGGUUGAGAAGAGUCCGCCCUCCACCAAAGGCCCCGUGAGGCUAGCUAAGUUGGAGAAGACAACAGAGGACAAGGGUAUCACUUUCUUUGAUGCCCACCAAUGCCUAGACAAUGAAGUCCAGCAACACCGCCUUCAGCCCCGGCGCUCCUCAUUCCAGUGCUUUUCCCACAACAGCCCUAAGCACUGUCCUCAAUCAACUGGUACCACUCAACUAAAAAUCUCAACUCUUGCCUCAGCAGGAGGCGCUGGCCUAUACAAGGAGAAUACCCAUUCCAGAAAAAAGGAAUUCCAAGUCUCUCAAACUUCUGCAUCUCCCUGAAAAGGGCUGUCAUCAUUUCCAUUAUUAUGCAGAUGAGGCAGCACCUUCUCCAAAUAUACUCUAUACCUCUAAGCAAAGAACCACCUGUUUUUGUCUCCUUAUUUUCAAUGUGGUAUGUGAUGGAAAGAGUAGAGUGUGUAGAUAAUACUUCCCACAUGGUAUAAGAGCUUAGACUCAUAUUUCAGGUGGGUCAACAUUCCAUACAACUCUUUCAGCCCUAUUCUGGACUGCAGAUAAAAGGACUUGAGCAGAAAAGGAAGACCCUCCUCUAAGGUGCAUUGAAGGUAAAGAUCAGGCUUGAAAUCUUCCUAUGGUGUCUUUGGGCCCCAGAGAAGCAAUGUGGACAUGAGAACAGUAUAAGAAGUAGUGGCCAGGAGUCUGGUGCAUUUUUGUCCUUUGGCACAAUUCAUAGAUAACCUUUGUACAUGCCCACAGUCUGGAGGGAAGGUUUUUAGAGGAGUGUGCACCAUCCUUGAGGAUGUGCUUUAUGUUUAUCAAAAGCAGAAAGCUAGUAUGACAGACGUCAAAAGCAAGUGAUAGCAUCUCCCCUCUCUGUGCCCUGU